AUGAAGCUAGUGUGCGAUCUGCGCAUGCCUGCAGUUUCGGACCUUAGUCGUGUAAGAUCUUUAGACGGUAUUCGGAUUGAAAAACCUGAACGCUCUAAGUUAACAGGGAAAACCCCAUGCAACAAUGAAGCUUUAGACGAAAUGAUUAGAUUACGAAAUAGUUCGUUAGGAUGGAUGCCCUACAUCUUUGUUUUGGUGGGAAGUGUGUACUCCUCCAAACGCCCCCAUAUUUUAUUCAUUAUGGUCGAUGAUAUGGGUUGGAACGACGUGUCUUUUCACGGAUCAGAUCAGAUAUUAACACCGAAUAUCGACACAUUAGCGUCUCAAGGCGUCGUCUUAAAGGAGUACUAUAGUGAAGCAAUUUGCACGCCGGCCCGCAGUGCGCUCUUGACUGGAAAAUAUCCAAUGAGAAUAGGCAUGCACGGAUCACCUCUUUCCAAUUCCGAAGACCGCGGAAUACCUAUAAGUGAAAAACUCCUUCCGGAGUAUUUGAAGAACUUAGGAUAUGAUACACAUUUGGUAGGGAAAUGGCAUGUCGGAAUGUCUAGACAGGAGUUCCUACCUUUAGCGAGAGGAUACGAUUCUCAUUAUGGUGUAAGAGGAGGCAUGGCCGAUUAUUAUACGCAUCAUAAUGUUCAACCGAUGCCAAACGGAGGUGAAUUUUUCGGCCUUGAUUUAUUUGACAACGACAUUCCACAAGCUGACGAAGAGCGCUACAUAGUAGAUGCACUUACAGACAGAGCUAUCGGAAUUAUUCAAAACCACAAUAAGUCUCGACCAAUGUUCCUGCACUUGGCACAAACGGUACCUCAUGCAGGUAACGAGGGAGGCCACUUGCAACCUCCGCUUUUCAGGACUGUUAAGAACAAACAUAUUGCUCACUCCGAUAGACGCUUAUACGCGGAGAUGAUCACAUAUUUAGAUGAAAGUGUAGGCAAAAUCGUUAAAGCUCUUGCAAAUAAAGGAAUUUUAGAAGAUACCAUUAUUGUAUUUGCUUCUGACAAUGGAGCUCCAACUGAAGGCAUUUUUAAUAAUUGGGGAGUCAAUCUACCUUUUAGAGGACAAAAAGAUACCCCUUGGGAAGGUGGAGUCAGAGUGCCAGCCAUCAUUUGGCAUUCAUCGCUUAAACAUAAAGUUUGGGAAGGUCUAAUGCAUGUUACUGAUUGGUUGCCAACCUUAUUGGCAGCAGCUGGUGGAGAAAUUGGAGCGGAAAUAGAUGGCAUAAAUCAGUGGAACUCUAUAGUAGGAAAUGGAGAACCUAAAAGGAAAGAGGUUCUCAUAGCAGUGAGUGAUGAUAAUAUUAGAGCUUAUGCUGCAUAUCGAGCUGGUGACUACAAAAUUAUUGUAGGUAAUGUAUCUGGUUUAUCGAAUAGCUACUAUGGUGUAGAAUUUAUGAGGCUUAAAGAAUCUCCUCCAGACUAUUUUCCAUCUCUUCGAGGUUGUGAAGUGGCUAAAGUACUUGAAUCGUUCGGGUUAUUUCUAGAAUAUGAUAAGGUUUUAGCUAUGAGGAAAGCAAGUUCAAUUCAACAAUUAGAUCGUACGGAAGAUACCAUUUCUUGUGAACCUACACUUGUUCGAGGUUGUUUAUAUAAUGUUCGACAAGAUCCAUCAGAAAGUCAUGAUCUUUGGUCUCACAAUAACAAAAUAGCCGUGAUGCUUACAAAAAGAGUUAAUGCUUUAGUUGCAAUGCAGCAAAAACGAAAAGUAUUUGAAUUGGACGCUAGGUCUAAUCCAGCUAAUUUCGGAUACAUCUGGCUUCCUUGGCUAAACGAUACGAUGGUGGGUGAUGCAAUUGAUACUAAUUAAAUGAUUUAAAGAAUAAAGUAUAAUAUUAAAAAAAGCGAACUUUAUCGAACAUUAAACAAUUAAUAGCAGAUCAAUAAAUAAAGAAGACGGUUGCUUCAGAUAUCAGCUAUUCUGCUUGACGAAAGGAAACUUAUUAUAUUUUUAUUGAUUAAUUUUUACUUUUAAUAUGUUGUUGUUAUUUUCAUA